CCGCCUUUGAAACAUGCUGGAGCUACAGAUCAGUUAAACGGAGUUUGCACACGGCGGCUGGGGCUGGAUUGCAGCGCUCUCUUUCCUUAUGAAGAAGGCACAAACUUGGAUUAUCACUUGCUUUUAUCUUCAAUUGCUCCUACUUAAUCCUCUUGUCAAAGCCCAAAGUCGCUGUGGGAAUCCUGUGACAGAUGAUGUGAAUAACAUUGGAAAACUGGUUGGAAAUCUUCCAAAUGAUUAUAUGAUACCCCUUAAAUAUGUCCGGAAGAUGGACAGCCUGCCAAAUAAUUGUUGGUUGCAUUUGAUGGUCCCUGAAUUGUCAAAGAGUCUGAAUAAUCUUCUCAGCAAAUUUAAUGAAUCUUCAGAUAUGCCAAAUGUCUUGAGUAAUUAUUCAAUCAUCAAUAAUCUCAGAAGAAUCAUCAAUGAUUUAAUGGCAUGCCUAUCAUCUACAAAAUAUAAGAGUUUUAGACAACAUAAUGACCACCUUUAUGAAGAAGGCAAAUUUAUUCCAGCAGAAUUCUUUGAGCACUUUUAUAACAUUAUCAGUGUGUACAAUAUCUUUGCAAAAUCACAAGUGCAGAGUGAUUGUGUUCUGCCAUCAACAACAGAAACACUCUCAAAUGAUUCCAGCAUCCAUGCCACAAACCCAUUUCUGUUACAUCCUGUUGAAGCCAGCUCCCUCAGGAAUGCCAGCAUCAGCAGUGAUACCAACAAAACAGAACUGGACUUCCUCAGCGGCCCCAGCAUGCAAGGAAUCAGCAUAGCACUCACAUCGAUGGUGACUCUUUUUAUUGGCUUUAUUUUGGGAGCUCUAUGCUGGAAGAAAAUUGCCUGCAAACAUAUGCUAGAAAGUGACCAGACUACACAAUCUAACAUCUGCCAGGAAGAUAAUGAAAUAAGUAUGCUGCAGCAAAAAGAGAAAACGCUUCUACAAGUGUAGCUGUUGCUUUUUUAUAUAUACACUGUUACUGUUUCACAUUUGGGCAGCUAACAGUUACAUGUUUGCUUCAUAAAUGAAGCAGCUUUAAGCAUAUUUGUAUUCCUUUUGGAGUGACAGACUGAGUCUGCAUCUGUUGUUGUCGCCCGUGACUCCAUAUUGAGAAAAUAGACAUGCGGAUAAAGGUUGUGCUACUGUGAAACCAAUGCUGAAUUUAACAUCAUCAAAGAAGAGUCUGCACAGAAAAGGACCGUAUUUUCCCAUAUAUAUAUAUAUAUAUGUAUAUAUAUAUGCGCGCAGACAAAUGUGUUUCUUUGCAUCUUGGGAUUUGCAGUGGAUUCGGGCAAAAGGAAUAAAUACAUGGCUCCAGAUUCAUGUGAUCGAAAACAAAAAGUCAUAAGGAAGUUGCAUUUUGUGUGCAAAUGGAGACUCGGAAUAGGAGAAAAAAGUGGAAAUGGAUGAGAAUUACAAUCUUCAGUACUGUACAUAAGAUUUGCAGAAAGGUUAUGCAAAGGACUAAUGAGCUAGCUUUCUUUCAACAGCAGAACUGGGUUCGCAUUGAGGGACGGUUACACAUGAAAUAAGGUUGGAUAUUUUUGAGCUAUACAUGAAAUAGUAUUCACAGAAAGCCAACAUACACUUUGGUUGUGUUGUUAAUAUCCAUGGAGAAGUAAACACUGGAACAUGAAAACAGGGCAGUUGUAAUAGGAUAAGCAUCGACAGCUGGCUGUAGAGAGAUGGCCCUGAUGUUCCAGUAUGUCAGUCACAAAGUGGAAAAAGUCAACUUUGGGGACAAAAAAUGAUCAUGAAGCCUAUUUAAAAUGCUUAGGAUUAUGUACCACUCUUCUUGAUAUUUAUAAAAAAAAUCAGGACAUAUUGAAGAUACAAAGGCUUAGGAUAGCUUUACUGUAUGUCAUUUAAUAUUUGCAAAUGAAUUUUAAAGUAAUACACUUUUUCAUCACUUAGCAUUCUCCAUCAAUUAUUAUUUUAGUCCAGUUCAAAUAAAAAGGAAAAUUUUCUUAAUAGUUGUCAGCCUCUUGAAAUUUUUUUGCAACAAAACUGUGGAUAGCAAAUCUGAGAUAGAAAAAUAAUGCAUUGUUCAAAAGUUGAAAAGAGGACACUGAACACUCACAGUCGGUAUAGAAUCAGUUUUAAGUUAUUACCUUGCUCAAAAUAGAUUCACAGUACUUUGUGUUCUGUGAAAUAGUUGAAUGUUCCAUGUUGCAAACUACUAAUACA